AUGGCUAAUAUUUCAGUCACAAAGGCUUAUUGGGUGAGGAGAAAGGCGAGGAAAGAAGUACAUGGCAGGGCUAUUCUACAAUAUGGCAAGCUCAGAGAUUACUGUGUAGAGAUUAUGAGGACAAAUCCCGGGUCUACUACUCAGAUUUUGGUUGACAGGCCUUCAAUUACACACCAGCCAAGGUUUAUGAGGAUGUACAUGUGUUUAAAUUCUGUCAAGCAAGGCUUUUUGGCUGGUUGCAGGCCUAUCAUAGGAGUAGAUGGCUGCCACUUGAAGGGUGAUCAUGGUCAACAACUGUUGGUGGCUGUCGGAAGAGAUCCAAACGAUAACUAUUUUUCAAUUGUUGUUGCUGCUGUAGAGGCUGAGACUAGAGACAGUUGGGGUUGGUUUAUAAACCUGUUAUUGGAUGAUAUUGGAGAUAUCAGUAGAAGGAAGUGGGGUUUGAUGCAAGUUUUUCAAGAGAUGAUGCCGACGUUAGAGCAUCGACUAUGCUUGAGACAUCUGUAUGCGAAUUGCAAGAAAGCAUAUGGAGGUGGGACUGUUUUGCGGGAUCUAAUUUUAUCAAUAGCUAAAGCUACAUAUGUCGAGGAAUGGGAGAGGAGGAUGACUCAACUAAUGAACAUCAACCGUCAAUGCUAUGAAAAGUUAGCAUCAUUGGAUCCAAAGCUCUGGUGCAAGAGCCAUUUCACGUUUCUUGCUAAGAGCGACAUGUUGAUGAAUAACAUAUCUGAAGCUUUCAAUGGUAGGACCUUGGAGGCAAGAGACAAGCCCAUACUUAUUAUGUUCGAGUGGAUUCGGUGUUAUUGGAUGUCUCAGUUUGCUGAAAAAAAGAAGAAGGCCGAAAAAUAUGAGGGUACAAUCAUGCCUAAACCCAAAAAGAGGCUUGAUGUCAUUGCUACGCGAGCUAUGGAGUGGCAAGCAAGAUGGGCUGGAGGACUAAAAUACGAAGUUUCUUAUAAGAACCGGAUGAUUGUUGAGAGGUUUGUGGUUAACUUGUUGGCUGGAACGUGUAGCUGCAGAUUUUGGGGUUUAUGUGGAAUGCCCUGUCCGCAUGCUUGUUGUGCUAUAUUCGAGAAAAAGGACAGUCCAGAAGAUUAUUGCAGCAACUUCUAUAGCCAAGUAGCCUAUGUUGCAACUUAUGGUAACUUAGUUUCUCCAAUCAAUGGAAAAAAUAUGUGGCCGAAGGUUGAGUGUGACACCAUCAUACCUCUCAUCUUUAGGGUGAAGCCAGGAAGACCACAGAUGGUGAGGAUCAGAGAACCUGAUGAGAACCGUUCUCAGACAAAGCUAAGGAGGACGGGUUCAUCUGUUACAUGUAGCAACUGCGGCCAAUAUGGACAUAAUAGAAGGCAUUGUCCCAAUCCAAUAGUGUCAGAACCUGGUGUUGCUGCUGCCGCCAACGGAGAAGAUCUGAAUGCUACUGACACUAUGCCUACUGCUGCUGCUGUUGCUGAUCCUGCAGCUGCUGUUGACACUGAUCCUACUGCCGACAACAGAUCCGGUGUGAAUAUCCGCAGAUCUGAGUGA